AUGCUUGGGGUCUUGCUUCUGCUUGUCGCUACCGGUGGUCUUGCCUGGUUUCUUGGGACACCUUUUCGAACAGGACUAUGGCGCAUUCCGGGGCCGUGGUGGCGGCGCUAUACAGACGUCUUCCAGGCGCUUGAUGCCUACAAUGGACGAACUUGCCAAGUCAUUCAGCGCUUACACAAGGAAUAUGGACCCGUGGUGCAAGUUGGUCCACGAACCGUGAUGUUCUCGAACCCAUCCAUGAUAGACAAAGUCUAUGCCACGAGGGCACCCUUCCCCAAGAGCCAUCACUGGAGGCCGCUCCGAACCGAGCUUAAAGGCGUCCAUUACCCAAGUCUCAUAGGCACGGAGGAUACCAAGACCCAUGCUGCUCUCAAACGGCCCAUCUCCGGCAUCUACUCGAUGUCCAACGUUACCAAGUCGGAAAGCUUCAUCAACGAAUGUAUCCUUCAGCUGGUCAAGACGCUGGACCAAGAAUUCAGGGCUAAAGAGAAGCCACUGCCCGUGUUUACAUGGAUGCAUUUUUUUGCGUAUGACACAAUCAUGAAGCUCACGGUCUCCGCCGACUUCGGCCUCAUCCGGGGCGAAGCUGAUCGAGAGGGCAUGUUUCGAGGUGUCGAUGCAGCCCAAACAUACCGAGCGAUGGCCGCGUGUAUGCCGUGGGUGCACUCUGUGCUCAAGGGCAGUCCCAUCACGAAAGUGUUCGAGAAACGCAUGGGCUCGUUCCCCCGCCGCGCACGGGAGCUCAUCCAGAGCCGGCGGGCCAACGGGGCGGCAAGCGCCGCAGAUCGCGAGGACCUGCUCUCCCAGAUCCUGGACACCCAGACGAAGCAUUCGAACGUUGUCGAUGAGCGGGUGGUUCAUGGCUACGCGACCACCCCACUGCUCGCCGGGGCGGACACGGUGACCAUCGGCCUCACCUCCGUCGGCUACUUCUUGGGCAAGCAUCCGGAGGUUGCAGCCACGCUGCACGCGGAGCUGAAAUCGUCCGGGCUCCAGAUGCCGCCCCCUUGGGCUCUGAUCCACAAGAUGCCCUACCUGGAUGCGGUGGUCCGCGAGUCAUUCAGAUGCCAUCCGAUUGGAGCGAUGCUAUCGCGACGCGCGGUCCCCCCAGGUCCUGGUCUCACGCUCGAGGAUGGCCACAUCUUGCCCCCGGGCACCGCUGUCGCGGUUUCAGGGUGGUCGACGCAUUUCGAUAAGGACGCCUAUGGCGAUGAUGUGCACGACUUCAAACCCGAGCGCUGGCUCCAACGUCCCUCGGAAAGCGACGAUGAGUAUGCUGAACGGCUACACAGGAUGAACAAGGCCGAUCUGACGUGGGGCGCCGGCGACCGGGCGUGUAUGGGCAAGAACAUCGCCAAAUGUGAAAUGUACAAGCUCAUUGCCACAUUGUAUUUCCUCUUCGAUAUUCAACUUGUUGAACCGGCCAAGGAAUGGAAGAUCAAGGAGACGGUGCUGGCGAAGCAGGAGGGCGUGGAGGCCAAGAUUGCUUUCAGGCCUGGCGCGAGCAUGGAUCAGCUUCUAUAA